GUGCCAAACACACACACAAAAAAAAGACAGGAAACAGACGAGAAGAGAUGGUGAGAGCAAAUGCGACAAAAUGAAACUAAAGACUAGGCGGGAGGGUGACGCGAGAAAAUGACAAGAGGCAUUCGGGGAACAGGAAGAGGGCAGCAGGAAAUUCCAUCAUUUUCCUGACCCUUUGUCCUUUAAAAAAUAAAAAGAAAACCUCACAGUGGAUUGUGGUGCACAUUAUGAUGAGAUCACUACCUCAUGUCUUCAAGUGGGCUGGUUAACAUGAACAACACUGCUCCAGGCAACGUCAGCAACUUCCACUGCCGUUUCCAAGAAGAUUUUAAAUACAUUCUUCUUCCUGUCAGCUACUCCCUAGUGCUUGUGUUUGGCCUAACGCUGAAUGCGACGGCGCUUUACGCAAUGGUUUUUCGCACAAAACGCUGGAAACCCUCCACUAUCUACAUGUUCAACCUAACGACGUGUGACACGCUCUACAUCCUCACGCUACCUUUCCUAAUUUACUACUACGCGGAUAAAAACGACUGGCCCUUUGGUGAACCUCUCUGCAAGAUCAUACGCUUCCUGUUUUAUGCCAAUUUAUACGGUUCUAUUCUGUUCCUGUGCUGCAUCAGUCUGCAUCGCUUUGUGGGUGUCUGCUAUCCAGUCCGCUCUUUGAAAUGGAUGAGCACUCGUCGGGCCAAACUGGUGUCUGCGGCAGUUUGGGCCUGUCUUUUAUUCUGCCAGGGACCUAAUCUUGACAUGUUUUUGUUCAGGGAUGUGGCCACAGAGAAAAUUUGUUACGACACAACCAGCCCAGAGUUCUUUGAUGACUUCCUGGUGUACAGCUCAGCCGUGUCGGUGGUUUUGUUUGCUUUGCCCUUCAUGGUGCUGAUGGUGUGCUACAGCCUGAUGUUGCGGAAGCUACUAAAACCCAGUUGGGGUGCUGGUGAAGAGGGCAUGGGAGGGGGGCAAGUGACCCACCGCACCAAGCAGAAAUCCGUGAAGAUGAUCAUCAUCGUCCUGGCAACGUUCAUGCUUUGUUUUCUCCCGUUCCACCUCACCAGGAGUGUGUAUUAUACCCUGAGAUACAUGAGGCAGAUCAAUCCCACGCAGAUCAGCUGUAAUAUGCUUGAGGCGUCCAGUAUUGCCUACAAGGUGACCCGUCCAUUUGCCAGUGCCAACAGUUGCAUGGAUCCUAUCCUUUACUUUUUGGCUGGACAGGACGCACGUAGUAAACUCAGGAGCAGACGGCUCCACAGACGAAAAAUUGUAAGCAAAUGAUCUGUCACAGCAGAGAUUACGGGAAGAAGCUGAACACUAUCGAUUCUAGUACUAUUUGACAUCUGCUCUGUUCUGAGUUUUCCCAUAGGAGAAAUGCAAAUAACAUUAAUCUGUACAGGGGUGAGUAUGUUAAUAUUAGAGGAAAUAUUUUAAAUAACAUUUUUGUAAUCAAGUAAUCUUAUAUACAACUGUAAAGUAUAUGAUGAGUUUUAUUCAACUUUGAGAGCAUUGUUGAAUGUUACUUGACUUCUUGCAUUAUGCUUUCACAUUGCCAUCAUAUGCAUGUAAAUAGAAUAAUUCUGUCUUGCAAGUUUAAAACAAAGCUAACAGUUAUAUAUUAAACUUCAAGGACAAUUUUGUACGUAUCUUUAAUGGUGCAAAAAACACUGAAGAACAUGCAGACGGUGGGGGGGGCAAGGUCAACUGUUGUGACUUACCGCUAGAUGGCAGUACAACGCAAUCAUUAAACUGUUUCUGACUCCCA